AUGGGCUUUUCGGACAUACAGCAUGGUGCAGAUAAAAGUGAUUUACCCAGUUAUAGUGAUUUCCAAUCUGUUUGCUGUAGAGAUUUCAACAUCAGUCUGCCGCAGAAGAUCGAAGCUCUCAGUGGAUCCUGUGUGAUCAUAAAGUGCAGAUUUGAGAUUGAGGAAAAAUAUGACAAAGACCUCACUGAGAGAGCUACAGGACAGUGGUUAAAGAACGGGACUGAUGUGAACAAAAAUCUAGUGUUUAACUCAAGCACAUCAAGCCAUAACUCCUUAAUGAAAGGGAACAUAACUGGAAAAUUAAAAGACAAGAACUGUACCACUGUUUUUCAUGACCUCAGAUCAAAUCACGUUGGUCAAUAUUACUUCAGGAUUGAGGGUGAAGGUGGACUGAAAUGGACCUACACAAAAACAAGUGUUUCAAUUCAUGUGAUCGACUCUCCCCCCAAACCCACAGUGCAGCUGUAUGUGGAGCAGAAGCAGGUGCAGGAUCAGGAGGAGGUGUUGGAGGGGAGCUCUGUGAGUCUGCGCUGCUCUGCUGAGACUUUCUGCUCCUCUCCUCCACCAACUCUCACAUGGAGCUCCACUCCCAGAAUCCCCCUCAGUGAGAGCAGCAGACUAGAGGAGCUCAUCUCUGAUCUGAACUUCACUGCUACUCACCGUCAGCCCAGAGUCACUUUCACCUGCACUAUAACCUACCAGCUACAGGACGAGAACAAAACAGCACAGCACAGCAUCACAUUACAUGUUCAGUAUGCUGCUAAAAUCUCUCCAUCCUCCAGCUGUACCAGGACUAAUAUAACUGUGUGUUUCUGUGAGGCUGAUGGGAAUCCCUCUCCUGAACUGGAGUGGCAUCUGUCUGGACGUCCUGUCACUAACUCUUCAAACACGUUCAUCAGUGAAGAGCGAUUGAGCAGCACAGUCUUGAGGAGCUCCAUCACUCUUCAUCAGUCUCUCACACACACAUCCACUCUGCAGUGUGCCAGCAGAAACACUCAUGGCAAUGCAAGUCAACUCUUUCAACUGCCUUCAUCUGUUGCACGUGAGUUUCAGUUCUUUGUUGUGGGUUUGGUGGUCGUGUUGUUGUGCACCAUUACAUAUAUCUGUGUACGAAAAGAAAAUGGGAAACGUUCACAGACUACACAAGAAGGCGCUAAGAGAAGUGGUCAAAAUGACAAUGAAGAGAAUCAAGACGACCCUGUUUGUGUCAUGAUGUCACCUCCUGGAGCCACCACAGCAAACCAAGAAUCCAUCAUUUAUUCCUCCAUUGACUUCACAAACUUUAAACCACGAGAGGUCGGGAGCGUCUCCUCACAUCAUGCUGACUACAGUAUGGUCCAGUAUUGUUCUGGAGGGCUGGCAAAGACUGAGAGCUCAAUGGCAGAGUCUUCAAGAGCAAGAGAAGCACAGGUGAUUGUGAGUGCAGAUGUGCUUACUAAACAAACAGAGUCAAAGCAAUCAGAGGAAGAGCUGUUUGCAGACUCCUCUGAGCUUUAUGCAAAGGUUAAACGUCGUAACCCAUAA